CAUUAUUUUUCAUUUGGCCUCUACUUAUUUUGAUGAACGCUUCAUGAAUUUGCGUGUCAUCCUUGUGCAGGGGCCAUGCUAAUCUCUGUAUCAUUCCAAUUUUAGUAUAUGUGCUGCUGAAGCGAGCACAGGUUUGGGGCCUUCACCUGAGUCACUGAUCUGGCCUUUGACAUGAACCUUGCCAGCAAAAUGUCUCUUUCAAAAGAGAAGAGGAGCAAUGGAUGUUUUCAACAACAGGUUGGGAAGGAAGAUAAGAGGUGGUUUGACAAGCACAUUAAUUUCUGUAUUAGGAGGGGGAAGCCCCCAAGACCUCUCACAGCCACCCCUGUCUUCUGCUGAGGCAUUCCUUUCAGCCACUCAGAGUGGUCUAUUAGAUCAGAUGGGCAGGAUACAAAUCAAAUAAAUAAAUAAAUAAAUUUGACAUAAGAGCAGAAAACCCACAUUUUGAAUCAUAAUAAAAAAUAGUAUAACAGUACUGAGAAUUCUGGGAAGCUGCUUUCUGCCCCUAUCACUGGUUAUAAAGCUACUGCAAGAUCAUGAGCCAGGCCACCCACCUUAUUUCUUUUAGGCAGUGCCAUCUUUUCUGACUGACAUAGCUGCCUCUCAGGGAAAGGGGCAGAAAGUUGUAUUCAAUGUGGGGCUGCACACACACAAAAUUUCCCCCACCCCCAUCCCCGCUCUUCCUGACUUACUGGGGCACCUCCUGCCUUUCCUGCACCUACCUGAACUACCGGGACAGUUAGGCAUGGCAGCCUGCACAGAUCAUAGAGGUGCAUGUGGGGUGGGGGGACUUUGGAAGACUUGGUCUGAAAUGGCAUAUCUCAUACAACUGUCCUAUAGAGACAUGCUUCUGUAGCAGCCAGCCCUCCCUGGGGUGGCCACUCCUCCUAAGACUUGUCUGGCAGCCUCAUAAAUAGCUGCGUGAGGCCUCAGACAGCUCAGUCCAAGCCCACCAGGUCCAAACAAUGUGUGAUUCUCAGAUGGAGGAGCUGCCAUCUAGGACUGGUGGGGAGAAGGCUGGCGCUCAGGCAGCCGUCUUCCGGUCACGAAUCUGGGAUGUGAGCCAGAAGUCCCUUUACCUGCAGAACAAUGAGCUUGUGGCUGGGUACCUGCAAGGCCCCAAUUCUGCCCUGGAAGAGAAGAUUUAUUGGGUUCACAACCAUGCUUUUGGCCGUGAGAAAUUCCCCGUCAUCCUGAGCAUCCAGGAUGGGAAGCGAUGCCUGACCUGCUCCUCUUCCUCCGUGGGUCCUUCACCCCAUCUGCAGUUGGAGACCAUCAACAUCACAGACUUCCUUGAAGACAGCCGAGAGGAGUCAGCCCGAUUCACCUUCUUCUUAUCUAACCAAGGUGGGAUCUGGCGGUUUGAGUCAGCUGCCCAUCCAGGCUGGUUCCUCUGUACCUCUUCCAGGACCAAUGAGCCGGUCAGCCUCACUCAGAAGCUGGGGCCGUCUCAUGUGGUGGACUUCUACUUUCAGCCCUGCUGAGCCUGCCCUGUUGCUGUCUCCGGCGGCAGAGCUUCUCGAGACCUCCUGACAUGGAGCCCGUUCCCAGGACUUCGCUCAGCAGUGCCGCAGCCCCCUUCCUCCCUACUCCCAGGUGUCUUUCCUGAAUAGGUUCUGGCUUGACUGAGCACAAAGCUGUCCUCUUGGAGAAGGAUUGAGCAGAAGAUGAUUGAUCCAGCCUGGUGGCCUUCCUCAUACCACCAGCCAUGGUAAUGCUGAACUCAGCAAACAGAGGAAUGCCCAAGACUAACAGGUGGUCUGGCACUCUUUGGUGCCAGCAAAAGUCACGGCUGAGCAUUCAGGCUGUGUGUUGCUUAAGUCCUCAUUCCCAGGAAUGGAAAAAGCCCUGCGUCCCCUUGUGUGCUCCCAGCCCUUGGAAGGGAACACCAGCCAGAAUGUUGCCGGGGAGGAUUGCCUUCUGGAUUGGAGAGCCCCAAGGACAGAAGGUGAUCCCUUUGGGGGAGAAGGGGGGCUGGUGGUCCUUGCCAUGGCUUCAAUACAAGCUCCAAUCCCCCCCUCUUUUUUUCACCUAUGCAUGUCAAUUGGAUGUCAGACGGCCAGGGUUUUUUUUUUAUGUUUAUGAUGUCUCCUGCUAAGUUUUUACUUCUUUUAAUUAAAGUUGUGCACCACUGUCAUAGCCACAUGGACCAUGUUUUAAUAAUGAAGUCACAAAAUCCCAGAGCACAGAGUGCUGUCCUCUGAAGAUGCCGGCCACAGAGACUGGCGAAACGUUAGAACUUCAGAACACGG